AUGCCAAAUAGAGCCGUAAGUAGGUUAUUAUUGACAUCUAAUCAUUUAAAUGCACAAAGGAGUGGCAGUUCACAGAGUGGCUUUCAUAGUGUAAGUGAAGGAUCGAAAUAUUCAUCAACUUUCAAGAAAUACUUAGUAAAAGACGGAAAUGUCAAAUCAUACUUCCAUGAUUUACCUUUGGAAUUGGAUGUAGAGAAGGGUACAGCCAAUAUGGUGGUAGAAAUUCCAAGAUGGUCCAAUGCAAAAUUUGAAAUCAGUACCAAGGUACCAGGAAAUCCAAUAAUGCAAGAUGUUAAGAAAGGUCAAGUAAGAUUUAUAAAGAAUUUAUUCCCUUUUCACGGAUACUGUCAUAAUUAUGGAGCUUUCCCACAAACAUGGGAAGAUAUAACCAAUGAUAACGGAGAAUUACAAAUUUUUGGUGAUAACGAUCCAUUGGAUGUAAUUGAAAUAGGUUCUAAAGUUCACGAAGUAGGAGAUAUUGUUAAAGUGAAAAUUAUAGGUUCUUUGGCAUUAAUUGAUGAUGGAGAAUUGGAUUGGAAGGUACUUGCCAUAAAUACUCAGGAUCCUCUAUCCAAAAAUGUAAAUGAUAUUCCGGAUAUCAAGAAACAUUAUCCUGGAUUACUUGAUUCGACCAGAGAAUGGAUUAGAAACUAUAAGAUCCCCGAUGGCAAACCCCCAAACCAAUUUGCAUUUGAUGGUCAAUAUAAAGACAGGGCUUUUACUUUGAAAUUAAUUGAAGAAAAUCAUCAUGCUUGGAAUAAUUUGAUUCAUGAAAAGAUUGAAAAAUCUGAUAAAUUACCAAUUAUCACCAAUACUGCACAUAAGACAUCACCUGGAUAUAUUGAACAGUUCCAAAUAACGCCAGCAUUACCCGAACCACCAGCAUCUUUACCUCCAGACCUCAGUAAUUGGUAUUACGCUAAAUAG